GUCUUUUGCAUAGCGUGCACCGCCUCUAGUUGUCACGUUCCUCAAACGCUGCGCCAGCAUUUAUGGCGAGGAAGGUAAAGAGAUACGGAAGAGCAAACGUAUCUCCACAGAGAUCUGGUCAGACUCAAUUGAUUCAAAAAUCUCCAAGAUUUAGAUCGGCCAUGAAUCAGCUCGUCGCAGAUCGACGUGCCCCAAAGUUCAGGUCGCUGCACGAGUUACAGCUCACGACCGGUCACAGUCCUUUUCGCAUAUCAACGGGUACCGGAGGUCGCCCCAUUCAACGUCACUACACGUGCGAGCUGAUGACGCGUAAUAAUCGGGAAUCCCAGGCCGUACUGCGAGUGAGACCCGAUUCUGCUCUUCUUCCCGCUGCAGCCCGAAAGAAAAAAAAAAAGAAACCCAGCCAGCCUUUGAGAAAACCGGUGAGAAAGCUUGAUUUCUCCUUCUUUUCUUGCUCUAAAACACAAAUUGAACCCAGAAAUUCUCCCCCCUGCAGGAAGCUUCCGGAUCUGCUCUGCUCUUCCCUCUGCUGUCCGCCGGCUGCUCUUGUUGUGGGUGCGAAUUUUGGGCAUUUUUGGAAUUUUCCUUCCAUUUCCGCCGACCUUCUUCCCCAACUUGUAGCUCCGGCCUUGCUUGCUGGAUUCUGGUUCUUAAUCGUUCUGUCAGUUAGCACUGAGAUCGAGUGUUCGGUUUAUGCGAGUGAGGUAAGUAAAUUUAUGGUAAUGCCCGUAUAGUUUUUAAAAGCAUGUUUUGAUUUGUCUUUAAAGUGGUGGUGGGACUAAACCCGUUUUACACAAGUAUGACUGAUUUGAAAUGAAAUUUUUAUACUUUUCAUUAAAUUGAGCAUGCCUACUUGAGAUUUAAUUGAUUGUCCUGAUGAUCUGAAAGUGAUUGGUGAAUUAUGUUUUUCUGUUAACUUCAGCCUGUUUUGUCUUCGAUGUGGUCAUGUUUCUGUAAUCCUGCUAGUGGGAGUUAAAUGCUAACACAUGUCGAUAUGUUAUUGAUGAUCCUGCUAGUGGGGGUUAAACGCUAGCACAUGUCGGCACAUGUCGAUAUGUUAUUGAUAGAACCGGUUCGCUUCUGUAAUCCUGCUAGUGGGGGUUAAACACUAGUAAUUUCUGUAGCCUGCCAGUGGGAGGUUUAUAACACUGGCCGUGACCUAUAGAGGAGACGUCUAUUUCGUUCCCGUACUGUAUCUGUUUUUUUGUGAUUGCACUUGUUGGCAUGCUAUAAGUUUAAUAAGGGGCACUCCAUAUUUUACUUACUGAGUUUAUCUCAUAGUUUUCCUUGUCCACCAUUUCAAGAAGCGAAACCGAGGACGGGGAAACCACUGGAAGUGACGAGUUAAAAGGCUAGCCAUCUCGUAAAUUGAGCAUAGAUUUAGAUAUAGAUCAUGAUCUUGUAAACUAGAGUGUAUUUGGAGAUUUAUAAUAUUAGAGCAAAUUAUAAAAUUUGAUCUUCAGA